AUGAACCGCCAACCCACCAAGCUCUCCGAGUUCACUUCUGACAGCGUGGAUGUGGAUGACGGCGACCUCCAUAAGAUCUUUAAUCUACCCGCAGAACAUGUGGUCCAGACGCUGAGCAACCAAUAUAUCCGAAGCGAUGUGUUGGCGAAGUUCUUGGAUAGCAGGUUUGAGAGUGGGAAAUGGGGGCUGGUGACUCGUCUCUCCUACCACGUCAUUAUCGUUCCAAACCCAAUCGAAAGUUUUGAAAUCACAGCGCUGAUGCGCAAAAGCAGCAAAGCGACGCGACAAUGGCCAACAAAUGCCGGCCACAACCUCUAUGCUGCACCAGCCGCAUCUAUGACAGCAGCAUUCAGUGCCGAAAAGAAACGCAUAUUUAUCAGAGACGAGGGAGACCAGGAUUCAGAGAAUAUCUCGGUUGUUCAAGUCGAACCUAAUACACCAGUGCGAAUCGUCAGUCUGGAGAAUACAGAGGCUGCAGUUGUGGCCUAUUUGAAACAGCAACAGCAACAAGAACAAGAACCAUCAUCCCGGCCAGCACAUGCAAAAGCUAUAAGCACCACCAUAAUCCUCAUCCACCAAAGUUUCAGCUGGGCGGAGCUGGACAUCACUGCUCCGGCAGCGCAAGCCCUGUUUACCCAUUUCGGCAUCUCGCCUGGUUUUUGGCACGUGGUCAAAAAGUUUGGAAGCAAGGUAUCGAAUGAUCAAGACAUCGGCGGCGGAUUCAACGAGCUUGUACUCCCAGCAGCUUCAGACGCGCGCACAAGCGAGUCCAGCUCCGAAAUCUCUUUCGAGAUCUCAUACACGGCCAAGCAUGCUGAAGAACACUUUCGUCCGGAACGAGCCAGCUACGAUCCAUGGAGUAUUCGACAAAUUGGUGUUGAGCAUCGAUACGAUCCAGCCACGGACGCCAAUAUAUUUGUGAUUCUAAAUCCGAGUAGGACGUUGGUCCAGCGGAUCAAUGCGCUCGGCUCAGAUACUCAGACGCUGGAUGUCCAUCGUCUCGUCCUCGGUGCUGUCACGGAACGGUGGGGAGAGUAUCUGGCUCACUUGGAGUCUGUUUGUAAGGAGAUUAGUGCCAAAGCCGUUCUAGCCAGAACCCCCCAACGACUGCCGGAUUGCGGUUUCGACGUCCAUUUUUCGGACGCGCAGACCAUUAGCGAUAUCCGCGACAGGAUUCUUCGCGCCUCGCACAUGCUUGAUCUGAAUCUCAGCAUCUUCGAGAACCUCCUGACGGCUAUCUCUCACAUAGAUCCGACCCGGGAUAGGCCAAACAGGGUCCAUUCCAGUCUCUCGAGUCUGUCGAGUCAGACGAAACGGUGGAAAUCUCAGACUGAGAAUUUAUUACAGAGGUUGGAUGGCAGUGCUGCGCUUGUGCGAAGCAUUCUCGAUUCGAAAGCCCUCGCCACGCUUCAAACUAGCAGCGCCCUUUCAGCAGAACUGGCAGCUUUAGCGCGUGCUGAUGCGUUAACAACGAAGAAGGAUGCGAGGACGUUGAGUAUCAUUACUGUCUUGGGAUUUCUAUACCUGCCAGCCAGUUUUGUUGCAAGUCUUCUGGGUACGCAAUACAUCAAUAUCAACCACAACGGAGAUGGCAAAAUGUCGAUUACUGUUGCACCGGAAAUGGUUAUUUUUGCAGUCUUGACACUUAUUCUGCUUGGAUUGACGUAUGGUGGUUGGCUGAUAUGGGAUCAACAUCUUCAACGUGCCGAUCGAGCAGAGGAAGAAAAAGAUUCGGAGAAGAAGGUCUAA